AUGCCUGACUGGACCAGUUCGGAUCUUCUGUCUCUACAAGCGGCUGCUUAUCAGAAGAUGACGCUCGUGUUCGUUGGGAUCUGCAUGUACGAUUUUGCGAAUACGAUAUCCUAUGACUGGAUGUUGUUGGUCGGCACGGACAUGAGCAGACGAUCGGCGCUUGCCCGAACCGUUAAAUGGCUAUACCUUGCCUGCCGGUACACCAACUUGGCCACAAGCAUAUGUCUAGCUAUGCUGAGUACUGCACGCGGUCGGAUAUCAUGCGCCACCCUCUUGAGGAUGUUGGAUAUCUUUGGCGUUUUGACAGCGAACUUUAGCACCACGCUCCUGUUUAUCAGAGUAGGGGCCAUUUGGGCGUGGGAUAAAAGAAUAACGCUGGCGUUCUUCGUUGCCUUUCCUGUAUCUAUUGCGCUAGGCGUACGGUCGAUGGUGACUAUUCAAUCAUCCCGGACUGACGUGACGAUUGGUCCAAUAUGUGACAUGUCCGAUGUCAGUAUUGACAUGGCAAACGUUAUUGCGCUUCUUAUCGUAGAUCUUGGAGUGUUGGGACUGAUGUUCACGGGGCUACGACGCUGGAAGGACCUGCAAGGUAUUCUCAUCUGGCAACUUCUUCGUGACCAGAGUCUUGUCUACCUGACGUUGGCUAUCGCUCUGGAAGUGCCCAUGAUGGUGUUCUUGAUACUCGAUUAUAACCAAUAUAUGAUCAUGUUUUUCACAACACUAGAUAUUAUUCUGCUUCCUCUGGCGACGACGCAAUUCUAUCGCUCGCUGACAAGCUUUCCGAGAAGGCAUAAUGGGUAUGCAUACGAGUCCAACUAUGCACAGUCUAUUCGGUUCUCAAAGGCUCCCCCGGGCUUCCGUAUGUCUGUCGAGCUAACUGACUUGAGCGAAGGGUAG